GCGCUGAAGGCGGGGCAGAAGGAGGAGCACUACGAGAGGUACUUUGCCCGUUACCUCUUCCUCCACUGCCACAGCGACCACCGUACUGUGCUCCACCAUUUCCUGCGGCAGGUGGCCCACUGCUACCCGCCCCCCCCUUGAGGGUGCUUCCCGCUGCCACCAACACUGCUGCCGCUGCCGUCGCCAUGAAGUUUGAGGACUACCGAGUGGAGGUGGCCCCCCCAUCUGCCUACUACAUCCCUAACUUCAUCACGGAGGAGGAGGAGGCGCGGCUGGUCCAGCAGAUCUAUGCAGCCCCCAAGCCCAAGUGGAAGGAGCUCUCCCACCGCCGCCUGCAGAACUGGGGUGGCCUCCCUCACCCCCGGGGCAUGGUGGCCGAGCACAUACCAACGUGGCUGCAGCAGCACAUGGACCGCAUCGCAGAGCUCGGGGCCUUCAAGGAGAAGAGACCCAACCAUGUCCUGGUGAACGAGUACUUGGCAGGACAGGGGAUAAUGCCCCAUGAGGACGGCCCAAUGUUCUACCCCACUAUCACCACCAUCAGCCUCUCCUCCCACACCAUCCUGGACCUGUACACCCCCCGACCCCCCGACCACCCAGCGAACGGGGACCAGGAGGAGAAGAGGAUGAAAGAGGAGAGUGAGAAGAAGGAAACAGAGGAGAAAGAGGACGUUAAAGAAGAAGAAAAUCACCAACGCCACUCAGCACCAGAAGAUACCAACAUGAAGCACAAAGAUAACAAGGAAAACAGAAUGGAUGAAGAGGAGGAGGGUGAAGAUAGAAAACAAAACCACCAACAACUACUACCAUCAACACCAAAAGACGAUGAUACGAGGGAAGCAAACAGCAAGGAAAACGUAAAGAAACAGAAGAUGGAGAACGACGACGCCAACACAAACGAACAAGCUACCAAGGAAAGCGACCACAGCCAACCGUCAUCGCUACAAAACCGGUAUGUUGGUUCGCUCCUCUUGGCCCCACGCAGCCUCCUUAUCCUGCAGGACUCCCUCUACACCUCCCACCUGCACGGGAUAGCCGAGGUGACGGAGGAUGUGCUCACCCACCACAUCCUGAACCUUGACCAGCAGGGGAAAGGAGGAGGAAGAGAAAGCAAAAAACAGGACGGAAAGGAAGACAAAUGGCAGGAAGGAGGAAGAGAAGAAAAACUAGAUCUAAAGGAAGGAGAGCCUCUUUACACACCUGGGAAGACCUUGACGAGAGGCACCAGGAUCUCGUUAACCAUCAGACACGUCCCCAAGGUGCUCAAAAACAAACUGUGGCUGGGGCGAGGACAGCGGUGAGGGUGGUAGUGGUGGUGACACAGUUGGCCACCAAAUGGUUAGUCCUUCAAUCAUUAGGGUAACUUAUUUGCAAAUGAGUUUUUAACCAAUUCUUAGCUCUUUUUUUCCCUGCCCUGCAAGGAUAUGGGAAACGGGGAAUAAACCUCAAACUGCUCUAGACAGAAAAAAGCCAGUACAACCAGAGAUAGUGGCCAGCACCAUUACAGGGAUAAUCUAUUAGUUUACCAUUGUAAACUAGCGGAGGACGUGAUUCUUUUUCCUGCACAGCAACACAGGGUGCCGAGUGCAGCAUCCUUCUUCAUUUUCCUGCCUGUCUUGGUACAACCACACUAAAAGUUUCAGGUUUAUAAUUUUAACAAUAAAAUUUAAUGUUUACAGUUUAUUAAUAACUUUUGUUACAAUUUUUAAAUUAACUGAUUAACGGCUAUCAAAGUUAACCUUGGUGUUAAUGAAGUAACGGUUAAUGGAGUUAACUUUGGGGUUAAACUGUGGCCAGCUGUGUAGUGGUGGUUUGUGUGUUGUGGGCACAGUGUGGUUGUGUUUGUGGGUCAGAUUGGGUGUAUCUCGCUCCUUGGUUAUCUUCUCCUUUGGUUAUCUCCUGGUUGUUUGCUCUUCUUUCCUUCCUCUUUCCUUUUCUUCUUCCUGGUUUUCUGCUCAUCUUCCUUUCCUUCCUUUAUUUCCCUCCUGGUUAUUUGCUCCUCACCCUCCAUUCCCUCCUGCUUUUCUGCAUAUCUCAUUCCUUCUUCCCUCUUUGUUAUCAUUCACUGUUUCCUCCCUCCUUCCUUCCUUUCCUGGCUCUCUCCUUCCAUAUUUGUCCCUCCUAUCUUUUUCUGUAUUUUUCUUCAUUUUCGUUUUUUUAAUCAGUCUAAGACACAAAUGCCAGCUGUUUAUUGAUUUAGCAGUGUGGAUUGUUAAUGGCGAUGAUUGAUAAGGCAUUCCUAUGAUUUAUAUACAACUGUGAUAUGGCACAAUUAGUAAGGGAGUAAAGUGAUUUUGUACA